GGUGUAACCGCGCGCGACAAGACCACGAUGACGACCGGCGUCUAGUGUAACACGGCAAUUCACAGUUCACACAUCGCUGUCGCACACAUAUUGCAACUGUUCCGCCAAUUCCUAGCCUAUCUAUUUCGUUCCGGAGUUUUGCGGACUUUUCUGCAUCCUGUCGACACACUACAACAAUUGUUAUUAUUAUCGACGACAACAACAAGAAUAAUCAUAUCAUAACAGAAACCCACGUCACGAGGACGGGAUUCAGAAAUCAUCAAUAUGGAAGAAGAUUGGAAUAAUAUACCUGGAGUAAAUACAACAUGUGGAAAUGAAACUGGUCAUAUAGUUAAAGAUACAUAUACUCGUUGGGAUGCUGAUGAUCAUGACGAUUGGGAUUUAACUAAGAGCGACACAGAUAAAUCUAAUGCGUGCAAAAAUUAUACAAAUUGGGAACCAACUAAUGACAAUGGUCAUACUGAUGAUGAUAAAAUAAUCGAUAAACAUUGUGAUACUAUUCAAAUUGAUGGUUGUGCCGACUGGAAUCAAACAAAAUCUGAAGCUGAUUAUCAAACUGAUACAACUGAUCUUGAAUCUUGGGGAAAUCAAAUUUCAAGUGAGCAAGUAACCAAUAGUACAGAUACUGGAUAUUAUUCAGAAUACAAUGAUCGCAUCGAGCAAAAUAGCCAUAACUAUCAAAGUAACGGAUAUAAUAGAAGAGGUAGUGGUUACCAGCCAGGUACACGGUUUGCCAAAAAUUCAAAUACAAAUGGUAAUAAUGAUAAAGGCAAUGGUAAAUUUGAAAAGCCCAUCGUGCAAAAAUCAACUUAUAUUCCUCCAGAGUUUGAGGAAAAUGAUGACUUAACAAUGAAAGCAGGAUUAAACUUUAAAGAAUACGAAAAAAUUGAAGUAACAGUAAGUGGAAUGGAUGUACCCAAAAACAUAACAUCAUUUAAAGAAUCUGGGCUAUGUGAAGUAUUAUUAAGCAACUUGACCGAAUGUAAUUAUGGUAAUCCAACUCCAAUACAGAAAUAUGCUAUACCAAUCAUUAUGAAUGGAAAAGAUAUGAUAGCUAGUGCUCAAACUGGUUCCGGAAAAACUGCAGCUUUUGUUUUACCAAUUUUAAACAGUUUAAUCAGUGAACCAUCUGAACUAGUUUUUGAUUACAAUCAUUGCGAGCCACAAUGUUUAAUCCUAUCUCCUACCAGAGAACUUGCUUCACAGAUAUCUAGUUUUGCAUUUAAAUUGAGCAAUGGUACUUCAAUUCGAUGUAGAGCUCUGUAUGGUGGAACAGCAGUUUAUCACCAAAGAGAAAAAAUUCUGAGUGGUGUUCAUAUAAUUGUGGCUACUCCGGGACGUUUAAUUGAUUUUGUGAAUCGAGGUUUAAUUACUUUUUCAUCUUUGCGAUUCAUUGUACUUGAUGAGGCUGAUCGAAUGUUGGACAUGGGUUUCACACCUGCAAUUCAAUGCAUAUUUAGUGAUAAUACUAUGGUGUCGUCGGCAGAAAGAUCAACACUCAUGUUUUCAGCAACUUUGCCCAUAGAUGUUCAACAAAUAGCAAAGUCUUAUUUAAAACCAGAUUAUAUAUCAGUAGCUGUUGGAGAAGUUGGAGGGGCCUGUAAAGAUGUUACACAAACAUUUGUAGAAGUUAAUAAGUUUAGUAAAAAAAAUGAGUUAGUUGCUUUGCUAAAUGAAACAAAUGAUUGCCAAGGUACAAUUGUAUUUGUUGAACAAAAAAGACAAGCUGAUUUCAUAGCAGCCUUUCUAAGUGAACUGAACUACCCCACCACAAGCAUACACGGAGAUCGUGAACAGCCAGAACGAGAAAAAGCAUUAAGAGAUUUUAAGACCAAAAAAAUGAAGGUCUUGGUAGCCACUGCUGUAGCUGCUAGAGGACUAGAUAUAAUGGGUGUUACAACGGUAGUAAAUUUUGAUUUACCAAAAACAAUCGAAGAAUAUGUGCACAGAAUUGGACGUACUGGUAGAUUAGGAAAUUCAGGACGUGCGGUUUCAUUUUAUGAUCCUGAUAACGAUUCUGCCAUGGCACCAUACCUAGUUAACACUCUUAAACGGGCAGAUCAAAAUAUUCCAGAAUUUUUGUCGAAGUAUAGCGGUGAAGUUCAUGAACCUUUGAAUCAGUUUAAUGACAUAAGACCGAAUGUUACAGUAACGUCUGAGUAUAUCCAAGAAGAAGAUGAAGUUUGGUAAUCCGAAAUAAAAACCGAA